UGAUUCUGGUUAGGCGCUCACUCCCAUCACUUUCAUUUUCACUUUCAUCAUCGCUCUCAUACCCAUAUUCACCCUCAUCUUCGUCCUCGUCUCCCUCAUCUUCACUCUUAUCUUCCCCCCCGACUUUCCAUCCUCAAUUCCACCCUUGUUUUCACCCUUAGAUCCACCUACAACUUACACCAUACCUGUUGCCGUCUGGGCCCAGUGAUCUCCGAGAACUUACUUACCACAGCCUAGAUGGAGCUUCAAUCAUGGGAUGCCUUUCAAGAGACAUUGCCUCCUACCAAGCACAUGAAAGAGAUCCAUAGAAAGAAGCUAGCCCUUCGACAUCCAGGAACAUGUAGCUGGAUUUUUGACAGCAAGGUGUACCGUCAAUGGGAGAAUGAGAGCAAUAAAACGCUCUUCUGCAUUGGUCCGCCUGGUGUGGGCAAGUCGGUUCUAGCUGCCGCGGUGAUUGACGAGUUCAAGAAUUCAGAUAGUCUAGUACUCUUCCUAUUUUGCGAGAACCAUUCCCAGCAAAUGGAUUUCCUCGCGGGAUGUCUGAUCCAACAACUACUCGAGCGUAUCGAUUACGGCACAGAUGUGGAAUUGUUGUCGAAGCUCUCAGGGCCGAGGAAAGACGACAACGUCGGGAACAACAAUGGUCAAACGGCUCUUGAGUCGCUGCUGUGUCAUCGUAGCACCAAAAGUGACACCGAAAGGGCAAGAAUCUCACUUGUUUUGGAUGGACUCGAUAGACUUGACAACGGAGUGUCUCGCAGCCUUCUAUCCUUCUUCAGUCGCCUUCGUGCGAAGAUCGACAUCAAGAUCUUCGCCACUUCAACGUUUGAUGUGUCUCUGGCAACCGAAGACAAUUCAGUUACGGCCCUACCGAUGCCGGUUUCGGACACAGCGGACCUGAAGGAGUAUGUUACUUCCCACGUGAAGCCACCAGCGUCGUACUCGACCCCAGAGCACAUUGAGUUCUACGAAACUAUCCUGAAAGCAACUGAAGGGAUCUUCCAUGUCGCGAGUCGCAUCGUCGAAGAACUUUCACCGAUGCACACGAAGUUCGAGUUCCAACAAUUCUUGAGACAUUGGACUCAAGAACGCCGGCAUCUAGACCACGUCUUCGGCGAACUGAUUGAAGCGCGUUCAGAUCAUAUUCAGUCUAGUCUCGCUUCCCGCGUCAUUGACUGGCUGACUUUCUCCCAUCGAGCACUCACAAUGCUAGAGCUUCAGCAUGCUCUAGUGGCGGACGUCUCAGAGUACCUGCGUGUGCCCCCGACGCCAGAGAAGAUCACAUCCGCAUUGCAUGGGAUCGUCACGAUCAAGGGAGAGCAGGGAGAACAGUCAAUCUUCUUUUUCCAUAGCGCUGUCAAGGACUACUUUUGGCACGAGAGAAGUGACAGGGCUCCUAAGAUUCAUGACAACAUCGUCAGCUAUUGUCUGAGGCAGCUAUCGAGGAUAUCUUCCGAUGAUGGAUUCUGCAAGUCGGACGAGGACUUUGAAGAGAGAUUAAGCCACAAUCCUUUCUUCCUCUACGCUGCUUGCCACUGGGGUUUCCAUACUCAGGCAUGUUCGGAACCUGUUGCAGCCGCCAUGAGGUUUCUAGACAACCGCGUCAAUGUUGUGAUGUCAAGCCAGGCCAUUCUCAUCGACCAGUCCUCGUCAAAGGCACCGGGAUACACGCAACACGUCCCUCAGAACGUCACGGGACUGCACCUAGCAGCUUAUUUCGGAAUACGAACUGCUGCUGAAGAGCUCCUCAGCGAAGGAACUGCACCACUGAGCUCUGUCGACACACAAGGCCGGACGCCACUAUGGUGGGCCGCCCAUUACAGACAGGACAAGGUAGUCAGGCUGUUUUGUCGGAGUGACACAGCCACACUGUCGCUGCUUGUCGUGGCUAAAGAGGGAGAUCUAAUCAAAAUCUUGCUCGAUGGCAAGUACAAUGUGAAUAUCGCCGAUGCCUCUCUGGACACCCCGCUGCACCACGCCGUACGCCGGAGCUAUGAAAACAUAGUAAAGAAUCUCUUAUCCGCCGCUGCCAACGUCAACGUGCAGAACAUGGGAGGCGAAACGCCGCUCGCUAUAGCACUCAAUAAUCGCAACAGCAACAUAAUCAAUCUUCUCAUUGGAAAAGGAGGGUAUACCGAUUUCGUGAAUACGGCCAAGUUCCGCAAGGCGCACGGGUGGCAGGACGACCAGACUCUAGAGAUCUUUCGAGAUGACAAGACCACCGUUCUACGGCUGAAGCCAGAAGACAGACGCUCGUUCGAGGACUGGGGACCGACGGAGAGAUUCUCAUUGCAAGUGUCUCCCUUUACUGUCGCCACUGACUGUGACGCUUACCAUUUCCACAGGCAACAACAGAUUCUCGGCGACGUCCCGUUUUCACCUCGGCUUCGUCGUUUGACAGACAAUCUUCAGAUUGAUGAACUGAACCUCGAGAUCAUCUCACAAGAAGACAACAAGAGUCACAUCACCUACUACAUUGAGGCAUUCAUGUGGAACUCUCCCAAUAAUGACGAAGCUCUGCCUUGCAAGCAAUUAGUGUUGUGCUGGGAUGUCUUUCGUGAUGAGCAAACCCAUCAAUGGCACACAAAAGCUCACUUCACCACCAUGCCACACAUUUGGCUUCCGGAUAAUGGCGCGGUAUUCUUGAGACAUUUUCUCGUCCAUGUCAAACAUACCUGGCUUGCUUACUGCGAUGCGAAUCUUGUGGAUCUCCAUCUUCGUAAGAGAAUCAUCGAAUCCAAGGGAUCUGACCCGGCGCUUCUGGACCAUCUGCUUGAGAAUGGACAAAGGUGGCUAAGUCAUCGUCAUAACCUCUCCAAGGUCGCUUCCAGCAUUCGGAAUUUUGCGAGGAAGUACUGCCUACAGCACAACGAGACCGGCGAUCUCGAGGAACUCACAGAGGCGAUAGAUCAGCUGGCUGCUGCGGUUGGAAAGAAGCUCGGUGAGCUGGACGAGAACUCGAGAGAUCUUAUCCAGCUGGAGUGCAAUCUUGUCUCUAUCAAGGAAGCGCGGCAGUCGGUUCAUUCGUCGACAAGCAUGAAGCGACUGAGCUGGAUUACGUUCAUCUUCCUACCACUCACAUUCAUAGGAACCUUAUUUGGGAUGAACAUAGACAUUUUAGACGGCAAACCAAAGCCUGCUUGGUGGACUUACAUCCCUUUUGCCAUAGUUACCUCGCUUCUAACCUCUCUUGUAUGGCUUAUCUUCAAAUUUACCGAGCUCGAGACAACGAUUGAAACCAAAGCGAGGGCAUGGCUAUCUCAAAUCAAAGACGCUGCCACCAGGCGAGAGCAGCAAGAUGUGAAGAGCAAAUCCCAGUUCUCAUCUAGGAGCGCCAAUAAUUCUUCACAUGUAGAGUUGUCGAUCUUGGAGAAUGGCCAGGGAGUGACGAACGGGGUUGUAUGAGCAGACAAUAGCGAGCUCAAUUUGGCCUAAUCCUGAGUCGUACAAUCCAUUAUUUUGAGAAGCCGAUUUAGUCCUCGGGACACUUGAUGACAGCUGCGGCACACGAUCGCUGGCAAUGGCUGCUGUCCCCUACCAUCGCAGCCUGAUUCGAGUCAAGACUUGCAUUAAUUGCAGCUUUCCGAUCCGUUGCUACACACUUUCUUUCCUGCCUCGCAGCCAG